AUGGUAUGGUUAUGUUUUUUCUUUCGUUGUCUAUGGUAUUCAGUGCUAUCGCGUUCUAGCGGAGGCGGUAUAUGCGGCUUGUGUCUGGCUGUUUCCUUGUCCAAAGACCCGUCGAUAGAGGUCUCCAUAUAUGAAGCUGCGCAGCGUUUCUCCGAAAUUGGCGCAGGCGUGAUGAUAUGGGCUAAAACAUGGCGAAUCCUUGAAAUUAUGGGCCUAGCAGACCAGUUUUCAAAGGUCGCACAUGCUCCUCCGGACGGGUCGAUCGGAGUGGGUUUCGACUUCCGUAAAUCAGAUCAGCCACAGGAGGGCUUCAGGUUCCUGCUUUCCGAGAUGCCUUAUGGAUGUAUCCGUUUCCACAGAGCGCAUUUUCUUGACGUUUUGAUCAACAACCUCCCGGAAGGGAUUGCGCACUUCAACAAGCGUCUAUCGUCCUAUACGCGCUCAUCGUCGUCGUCUCCCAUAACCCUUUGUUUCGCAGAUGACUCUACUGCUGUGUGCGAUCUGGUCAUCGGAUGCGAUGGGAUCAAGUCCACUAUCCGGACACAAAUGUAUAGAGAAGAAGCGGAAAGGACAAAGAACGAGCGAGGCGACUGGGAAUCCAUUGUAGGAUAUAUUGAGCCUGUCUGGAGCGGGACUAUCGCGUACCGUGGUCUGAUACCUGCAUCGAGGCUGAAGGAGGGUCACAGUGCGCUGAGCAGGCCUAUGAUGGUGAGUAUCGGCACCUUGAGCAGCUAUACUGCGGCAAGGCAUGUCGUUAGCUAUUCCAUCUCUCAGGGAAGUAUUGUCAACGUGGUCACAUUCGCAUCCGAGCCUGAGAAGGAAGGCAUACCCUAUGAAGGACCCUGGGUAACCGAGUGCUCCAGGCAAGAGCUGCUAGACUGUUACGCUGAUUGGGAGCCGGAAGUCGAGGAGCUGCUACAGUGCAUAGACAAGCCUACUCGCUGGGCUAUCCACCAUCUCAAACCUCUCCCGUUCUAUGUAACCGAUCGGGUCGCCUUGCUGGGAGAUGCUGCGCAUGCCAUGACUCCACAUCUGGGUGCUGGUGCCGGGCAGGCAAUAGAGGAUGCCUAUAUACUCUCUUUGCUCCUACAGCAUCCGGACACUGACAUCGAGUCCAUCCCUCUCGUUUUGGAGGCAUAUGAAGAUGCCCGCCUUCGGAAAGCCCAGCACAUCCUUGAAGGAUCAUGGGAUGCCGCAUUGUUGUAUGAAUUCAACAGUGAAAUGUAUGGGUCGGACUGUAACAGGCUUGCAGACGUCAUACAGAGGCAAUGGGGCUGGGUGUGGGAGUCUACGCCGGAGGAGGAUGAGCAGAAUGUUCUUAAAUGGUUAUCAGAGCAGAAGAGACUGAGGAAAGUGCAAUAG